GUGAGUGAGGAUGAGUGUGUGAGUGUUUGUGUGUGUGUCAGUGUGUUUGCUGGUCAUUCAGAAGCCAGACAGCUAAGUGGGUGUAGAGUUUGUGUUUUAAGAAUAUGUUUCAGUUAGUUGUCUUCAGAAACUGAUCAGAGAGGGUGUAAGUAGAGCUGCAUAUACCAGAAACUGAUCAGAGAGGGUUUAAGUAGAGCUGCAUAUACCAGAAACUGAUCAGAGAGGGUUUAAGUAGAGCUGCAUAUACCAGAAACUGAUCAGAGAGUGUUUAAGUAGAGCUGCAUAUACCAGAAACUGAUCAGAGAGGGUUUAAGUAGAGCUGAGUAUACCAGAAACUGAUCAGAGAGGGUUUAAGUAGAGCUGCAUAUACCAGAAACUGAUCAGAGAGCGUUUAAGUAGAGCUGCAUAUACCAGAAACUGAUCAGAGAGGGUUUAAGUAGAGCUGCAUAUACCAGAAACUGAUCAGAGAGGGUUUAAGUAGAGCUGCAUAUACCAGAAACUGAUCAGAGAGGGUUUAAGUAGAGCUGCAUAUACCAGAAACUGAUCAGAGAGGGUUUAAGUAGAGCUGCAUAUACCAGAAACUGAUCAGAGAGGGUUUAAGUGGAGCUGCAUAUACCAGAAACUGAUCAGAGAGGGUUUAAGUAGAGCUGAGUAUACCAGAAACUGAUCAGAGAGGGUUUAAGUGGAGCUGCAUAUACCAGAAACUGAUCAGAGAGGGUUUAAGUGGAGCUGCAUGUGCCAGAGAGACUGAGUAAGUGAGUGUGUGUGCACCCACCUACCUGUGUUCAUCAGAAAUAGCAUAUGCUUUGGCUCUGAUCCCUUGGAUUCGGUCUCUUCUGAGACUUCCACCCACCCCCCUCCUGUCUUCUCCUCCUCUCUUCCCUGCUCCCUUCCCCUCCUAACCCACCCUUCACCCCCCCAAUUUACCAAGCAGCUCUACACCCUUACCCUACCCUACCCACCCAACCCUGAAUUGGAUGGCAACAAGGCAAGAAGGGUUUAAACAACAUGUGAGUCUCCCUCGACUGUGUGGGCACAUCAUGUUCCUGCUCCAUGGAUGUCAAAGGAGACAGAUCCCAGUGCUGGUCAGCCUGAUGUGCAUCCUGCUCACCUGGACAGAAGACAUCAGCGCUUUGGGUGUGUUCUCAGGCUACCUGUCCAAAGUUUUACGUAACCACACGGAGCACGCCUGUGAUGGUGGUCACCUCAAGCUGAUUUGCCCCCGAGGCACGACACUGAGCGUACAGUCAGCCUUCUACGGGCGUGAGGUGCCGAGCUCCCAGCUGUGCCCCAGUUUACGCCCCACGGACACGGGGGAAGAGAACAUGAACUGCUCCGCGCCUACCACCCUACAGAAAAUACUGGAUGAAUGCCAGGACCAUCAUUCCUGCCAGCUGCUAGUCAAUAGACGCGUUUUUGGACUUGACCCCUGUCCAGGCACAAGCAAAUACCUCCUUGUCUCCUAUAAAUGCAAACCCAAUGAGUACAAAAGCAAAGUAGCUUGUGAAGGCAGAGAGCUUAAGAUUCGCUGCAGCAAUUCCACGCUGAUUAACGUCUAUUCUGCCACCUACGGCAGAAUACUGCACGGGAAUAAGGCCUGUCCUCCAUCCAACCCUCAACUGCCCAAUCAAGAGUGUGUGUCACAUACUGCGCUGGAAAUCAUGGCCAGGAAUUGUUACGGUAAACGGAGCUGCAGAGUGAAUGUCAGCAGCCGCUACUUUGGAGAUCCCUGUUUCCCUGGGAUGGAGAAAUAUCUCAGCAUUGUCUACGUGUGUGUUCCCAAAAUGUUGCUGCAAGUGGCUGAUCCAAGUCUUUCUGGCCGCAAGCCCUCACCGGUUCAAAAUGAUGAUGCCCACAUCCCCUCACAGGCUCAAAAAUUCCGGUUUUCAAUGAAAGAAGGAGAGGUUUUCAUCACUUCCUUGGCCACGUUUGCUUACAUCCAAAGACACCUUGAAAUGGCGGGUCUGCUGUUCAUGUCCAGUGUGUGUAUUGGCCUCAUCCUCACGUUGUGUGUGUUGGUGAUUCGAGUGCCCUGCAGAUCUGACCUGCAGAAACUGUGGAACCACAGCCACCACAGGAGGACAAUAGACGGCUACGAGGAUGAUGAUGAUGACGACGAUGAUAGCACAGAAGCUGAGGACAGCGGAGAUGGUGGCAGAGGCGGGGAUGAGGAAAAAUCCUCCGACUUUUCUUUUGAAGCGUUAACAAACCUCUACGGAACGGCAGAACCCAGCAGCGCAGAAGCAGUGGAAAUAGCCGAGAGGAUAGAACGACGAGACAGGAUAAUCCAAGAGAUCUGGAUGAACGGAGGUUUGGAACUGCCGACUAUGAGGACUCUUAACCAGUAUUACUGACAGACCGAGGCUAUCAAGCACCUUGUGUGUCGAUACAUUGGCAAUUUUGCUGCGUUACUAAAUAGCUUUUAUUAUAACAUCAAAAGUUUUAUUUUUGUUUGUACCAAUCCCUACUUUGUUGUAUGUUCCUUCCAUGAAGGAGAGUGUGUUGGAUUUAUGUUAAAACGUGUUUAAAGUGAAA